GAAGCGGAUCCGUUGGGUGGAGGUGACGCCGCGGAGCGUGAGUGUCCUUCAGUAUGGCUUAAACUUGCGAAUCGCCAUACUCCGUUUCCACACUCUGUUCCCGGGCUCGCUACAGACCUUAAGAUCCCCGCACCGCGCCCUCCACCCCAGGAAGAACCCUCAAAGAGGAGGCAGAGGAGCGAAGGAGAAGUCAGGCAUGGCUCUCACUCAGGGACAGGUGACAUUCAGGGAUGUGGCUAUAGAAUUCUCUCAGGAGGAGUGGACAUGCCUGGACCCUGCUCAGAGGAGUUUGUACAGGGACGUGAUGUUGGAGAACUACAGGAACCUGGCCUCCCUGGGAAUCUCUUGUUUUGACCUCAGUAUUAUCUCUAUGUUGGAGCAAGGGAAGGAGCCUUUCACUCUGGAUAGCCAAGUACAGAUGGCAGGAAGCCCAAAUGGAUGGGAAUGGAUCAAAGCCCUGAUCACAGCUCUGUCUUCUGAAUUUGUAAUGAAAGAUUUACCACACAAAUGGAAGAGCAAUACAGGAGAAGCAUUCCAAACAGUGAUGUUGGAAAGACAUGAAAGCCAUGACAUGGAAGGCUGUUUCUUCAGGGAAGUCCAGAAAAACAUUCAUGACCUUGAGUAUCAAUGCAGAGAUGUGGAAGGAAAUUACAAAGGAGGGCUUAUGACACAGAAAGAUAAUCUCACUCGUGGAAGAGAUGAACAUGAUAAAAGAGAUGCAAGAAACAAGCUUAUUAAAAAUCAGCUUGGAUUAAGCUUUCAGUCAUAUCUGCCUGAACUGCAGCUGUUUCAAUAUGAAGGGAAAAUUUAUGAAUAUAAUCAGGUAGAGAAGUCUUUCAAUAAUAGUUCCUUAGUUUCACCACCUCAACAAAUGCCUUAUAAUGUCAAAACCUACAUUUCUAAGAAAUAUUUCGAAGACUUUAUCUCUAUGUUACUUACACAGGGACAAAAAGCAAACAAUUGGGAAAAGCCUUACAAAUCUAAUGUAUGUGGCAUGGUCUUCCCUCAAAAUUCACACCUUGCAAGUCACCAGAGAAGUCAUACUAAAGAGAAACCUCACAAAUGUUAUGAGUGUGGCAAAGCCUUUAGAACACGUUCAAACCUAACUACCCAUCAGGUAAUCCAUACUGGAGAAAAACGUUACAAAUGUAAUGAGUGUGGUAAGGUCUUCAGUCGAAAUUCACAACUCUCACAACAUCAGAAAAUUCACACUGGAGAGAAACCUUAUAAAUGUAACGAAUGUGGCAAGGUUUUCACUCAGAAUUCACACCUUGCAAGACAUCGAGGAAUUCAUACUGGAGAGAAACCUUACAAGUGUAAUGAGUGUGGGAAAGCCUUUAGAGCUCGUUCAAGCCUGAGUAUCCAUCAGGCAACCCACAGUGGAGAAAAACCUUACAAAUGCAAUGAAUGUGGCAAGGUCUUCACUCAAAAUUCACACCUUAUAAAUCACUGGAGAAUUCACACUGGAGAGAAACCUUACAAGUGUAAUGAGUGUGGCAAAGCCUUUGGUGUUCGUUCAAGCCUAGCUAUUCAUCUAGUAAUUCACACUGGAGAAAAGCCUUACAAAUGUCAUGAAUGUGGCAAGGUCUUUAGGCGUAAUUCACACCUUGCAAGGCAUCAGCUAAUUCAUACUGGAGAGAAACCUUACAAGUGUAAUGAGUGUGGCAAAGCCUUUAGAGCACAUUCAAACCUAACUACUCAUCAGGUCAUCCAUACUGGGGAAAAACCUUACAAAUGUAGUAAAUGUGGCAAGGUCUUCACUCAAAAUUCACACCUUGCAAAUCAUGAAAGAAUUCAUACUGGAGUGAAACCUUAUAUGUGUAAUGAGUGUGGCAAAGCCUUCAGUGUGUACUCAAGCCUAACUACCCAUCAGGCAAUCCAUACUGGAGAAAAACCUUACAAAUGUAAUGAGUGUGGCAAGGUCUUCACACAGAAUUCACACCUUGCAAGACAUCGGGGAAUUCAUACUGGAGAGAAACCUUACAAGUGUAAUGAGUGUGGCAAGGUCUUUAGGCAUAACUCAUACCUUGCAAGGCAUCGGCGAAUUCAUACUGGACAGAAAACUUACAAGUAUAAUGAGUGUGGCAAAGCCUUUAGUGAACAUUCAAACCUAACUACCCAUCAGGUCAUCUAUACUGGAGAAAAACCUUACAAAUGUAAUGAAUGUGGCAAGGUCUUCAGUCAGAAUUCACACCUUGUAAGACAUCGGGGAAUUCAUACUGGAGAGAAACCUUACAAGUGUAAUGAAUGUGGCAAAGCCUUUCGUCAAACUUCAAAACUUGCAAGGCAUCAGAGAGUUCAUACUGGAGAGAAACCAUAUGUGUGUAAUCAGUGUGGCAAAGCUUUUAGUGUCCGUUCAGGCCUAACUACCCAUCAGGCAGUCCAUACUGGAGAAAAACCUUACAAAUGCAAUGAGUGUGGCAAGGUCUUCACUCAGAAUUCACACCUUGCAAGACAUCGAAGAAUUCAUACUGGAGAUAAACCUUACAAGUGUAAUGAAUGUGGCAGAGCCUUUAGUCAAACUUCAAAACUUGCAAGGCAUCAGAGAGUUCAUACCAGAGAGAAACCAUAUGAGUGUAAUUAUGUAAAAGCCUUUAGUGUCCGUUCAGGCCUAACUACCCAUCAGGCAAUCCAUACUGGAGGAAAUCCUUAUAAAUGUCACUUGUGUAAAGUUCUAAAGUCAGAGUUCACACCUUGCAAGUCAUCACAGAAUUCAGAGUGGAGAGAAACCUUACAAAUGAAGGUGGCAAAUUCUGCAGUCAGAAUUCAUUCCUUUGACAACAUCAGAGAAUUUAUUCCUGAGAGAAUCCUUGAAAAUGCAAUGACUGUGGCAAACUGUUCAUGAGUUCAAGUAUUAAUAGACAUCCAAGGGUCCAUAAUAAUGAGCAAUUAUAUAAAUGUACUGUAUGUGGCAGGGGCUUUAUUCAGGCCUUACAGCUUUCUAGGCAUUAAAAUCUACAUUCUUUAUGGAACCACACUAAUGUAAUGUGCAUCCUGAAGCUCUUACUCGAAGACUGUAACUGUAGGUGAGGAUUCAUACGAAGAGUGACUCAGUCUCUAGUUCUUUGAUUCACUUUUAAUAUGACAAACUGCAUGUCAAUUACACAUCCCAAUAUAGUAAAACUUAUGACUAUAUAUUUCAAAGGUUGAAGGACAUUUGGAAAUGGCUACUUACCUUCAGAUUAUAAAAUAUUUCAUUCUAUUGUUUGAGGUUUCUCAAAAAGGCUACCGUUUGUGACUUUCAACCUGAACACCUUUCAUGGUGCCCAUCUGGGAAAGAACUAUGGUAUGGAAGGGCCUACUUCAUUACAUGAGGAUUAUAUUUAUCCAAGUUGAUUGAAGAAGGAGAACUCUGCAUUAUAAAAUUAAAUAUUCUUUCAACUGAGAGACCAUGGUUUAGGGGCAGAAAAUAAGGUAAAACUAUGAUAUCAGUCAUCAUA